AUGGAUCUCCAUAACACGACAGCUUCCAAUUGGUCCAGGCCAGCGCAGCCCGCUGCCCGUGCCAAUUGGUCAGUCAUCACCAAUAUCCGCAUCGCCAUCGCCCUAGCAUCUUUUAUCAUGAACGCCGGUGUAUUGAUAUUCCACUUCGUUAAACGGUCUUUCAUCACACAUUUCACGAUUUACUUACUAUUCCUGUAUAUUGCCAACACAAUUUACUUGGUCGGCGCCCAACCCAUCCAGUUUCUCAGCGACAUUUACUCGGUCAACGUGGCAUACUUCGGGCCGGCAGCCUGCGGGGUCUACAGUUACGCCCAACGUGUGGUCAGUAUUGUGCCGGUGAUGGCGCAUGUCCUCAUCGCGGUCAACCGGCUAUGGGCGAUGACGUAUCCGAUCGGGUAUAAAAACCACCACACAAAAAAGGUCGCCACUUAUAUCUGCGUGGCGAUGGCUGGCUAUGUGCACCUUAUAUGUCUACCGGCAUUUAUCCUCUACAUGCCCUUUCGGUAUAAGCCCGAUGCGUCCGGUGUCAUAAAAUGUGAAGGCGCGAUGACACCCAUGAUGUUCGUCUGGACGCGGGUGGACAGCUGCUUAAAUCGUUUCGUUCCGUUGUUUCUAAUUAUUGGAGUGUACAUUUAUAUUUUUAUAAAGCGCUGGAGUAAGCGCACCAACCAGGUCACCCAUAACACUAACUCCACGGAGCGACAGGAUCGCACACAGACAACCAAACUGUACACUGCUAUGCCGGGAAUUCAGGAGGAAAGUGUAGGUCAUUCAUCAUUUGUGGAACGAGCUAAACAGCAGCAAAUGGAUAGGCCACGCAGAGAAACAGUUGGCGUUCGGAAAGUAAAACCGUUUCUGGUUUUGACAAUGACAACGGUUGGUGUCAUUGUCUGUUGGCUGCCAUUAGACGUCAUCUAUUUUUGCAUGGUGUUUCUGUAUAUGCCCAUUGGAUAUGCUGUUUCGGGUGCGCUGCAUAUGCUGUACACCGUGCAAAUCCUUUUUGAUCCGUUAAUGUGGAUCUUUAGCUUGCGGAAGCCUUGA